CUGGCCCUCCCGCCCCGGCCCGCCCGGAUGACCCGGGGGCUUCCCGGGGAGGGGGACGGCGCCGGACGCCCCUCGCCCCCCGACGGAGGACGGAGGACCGACCCGCCCGCAUCGGACGCGGUCGCCGGAGGAGGUGUCCUGCCAAGCAGCCCGAUGGGAGUAGGAAGUGGCUUUCCGGCGUCCCCAUCGCCGGCCGCCGCGGUCACCACCACGGCCACGGCCAGAGGCGGAGCCCCCCGUGCCACUGUUGGCGACGGGCACAGGACGGAUGUGCCCGGCAAUGGGAAUGGAUUGGCCAGCCUCUUGCCUAGCAUCAGAGAUGAGACCGCCUCGACCACGGCAGCGGCCGGAGCUCCCGGCGCCACGGCCGUCCACCGGGACGAGGCCGCCACCUCCACGGCCACGGGCUCGGCCGGAGUUGCGGCCGCCGCCAGAGACGGAGCGUCCGGCGCCACGGCCACGGCUGGCAGUGGGGGCGGGGCUCGUGGCAUCUCGGUGCCCGGCGGUGGAGAUCCCGGCGCCUCAGUUGGCGAUGAGGACGAGACCCCCAGAUCCAUGCCCACGGCCACGUCCAGCGAUGGAGCCCCCAGCGCCUCAGUGAGUGACGGAAGCAGGACCACAAGCUCCACGUUCACGGCCACGGCCAGCGACGGAGCCCCCAGCCCCUCAAUUAGCGAUGGGGACGGGACCCCCGGAUCCGCGUCCACCACCGGCGACGGAGCCCCCAGGCCCCUAGUACAGACCAGCGACAUCUCCACCGUCCCUUCCGGGGCAGCUGAUGUUUUGGACUCGUCGCCGGGGAGGCCCCGAACUCCGACCCUCCAGGAAUCGCGCUCUCCGGGGUCCUCCACCCAGCCCCCUAGAGGGGCAGCUCUCACGUCAGCCACGGUCCAUGCGGGGCCCAGCACGAGGCAGGAGCCCGGGGCCUCGCCUGCUCGAGAGCGGAUGUGGUCAGACCGCACGGAGUGGACGCCGGGGUCCCCCGGGGCCGGCCGGGGCGUCACCCGCACCCUGCGCUCCCUGACCCCCGGCGGGGAGGCCAACGCCACCUCCGACCCACCCACCGGGGCCUCUGGCCUCCCCGCCUCCUCCUGGCCCUCGCCGAUGGGCCGGACCUCGAGCCCCGGACGCACCAGUUCAGCGGGGACGGCGGUGGACGUGACCGGACCCCCGACCCCCGGGACCACGGCUCGGACCCCGGGCGGACGCUUCCCAGCUCCGGGAGCCGGGUCGGGAAUGGCGUGGACGUCGCGGGAGCUGUCCGGGGUCAGCCCGACCUCGACGACCCCGCCCAGCCGACCAGAGCCCGCUACUCCGCUCCCCGGGACGACCAGCGCCGCGGCCCCAGAGCCGACUGAGGGUUCCACGGUCCCGCCGGGCUCAUCGGAUGGGUCCGGCCGGAGCUGCGGACCAAUGGGCGGCCCGGACGCCGGGGACCACCGUCCGGACGCUGACCCCGCCACCCUGCGCUGCUGGACGGACGCCGACCCCACGACCCCGUCCUCCAGUUCGGAUGCUGACCACCGGGCCCCACGGCCCCGCCCGGAUGCCUGGCCCAAGGGCCCGGGGGCAGCAGAGCAGACGCUGCCCCCCACCAGACACACCGGUCCUCCGGGGUCGGAGCGGACCUCCGAUGACCACUCUGUCCUCCCCGGCCUGUCCACGGCUGCCACCGCCACGCUGCACCCCCAGACCGGCAUGGGGACCCCCCGCCCCACUCUGGACCCUCGCCCUGGACCUCUGGGCACCACAGCCUCCCCGGGGCCCGGGUCCGGGCCCGGCCUCAUGCCGACACAGCCUCCUCCGACCUCACUGCCCACUCCCCCCGAGCAGGCCCGGUCCACCCCACCCCCCGCAUCAACCCCGCAUCCCAAGACUAGGCCUCCCACCCCCACCUCCCCGCCGGUACCGGCCCCUCCCCGCUCUGGACCACCCCCGGCGAUGUCCGCAACGUCUGUCUCCCCAGAACCUGUCAGCGGCAUUCGCAGCAGCCCACCCCCGGGGACUCUGGCAUCCGAGACCUCCCCGGCUCUGGGUCUCGGGGCGGUGUCGACGGUCCGGGGGUCGCUGGUCGAACCCAGCCUGACGCCUCCGCUGCGACCUGCCACCCCGUCCGCCCAGCACCCCUCCCCCUUGCCCACGGCCUCCGAGGAGACCCACGACCCCCUGGCCUUCACCACCAUGGGAACCCCUGCCUCUCCACCGCCACCCACCACAGAGGGGCCCCCGACUCUCACCAUGGUCCCCACAGACCCCCGGACGCCCCCAGUCCGCACCACCCUGACCCCGCGCCCUACCCCCACCCUCCCUUCGGGGAUCCCAAGAGUGGCUCCGACCCCCAGAGCGACGCCCGGGCACCCGCCCCCCCCCACGAGGCCCGAGAUCCCAACACCGAUGCCCACGGCCCAGACCCCCGCUCCCUCGGCCAGUCCCCGGCCUCAGACCCAGACCCCACCGUCACCUUCCACCCCCCACGACCCGGGGGCCCGGGGCCCGGGAGGCCACACUCCUGCUCCAGGUGCCCCAGACAUGCCGCCUGCACCCCUGACCACGGAGAGCAUCCCCACCGGAACCGCCCCCCCACCAUCCAAGGCGGAGACUUCUCCCCCCAGUCCCACGGGAGCGUCCACCGCCCUGGACACAGAGCGAGCCUGGUGCCUGUCCAACCCCUGUCCGGCCCCGGCCUUGUGCAGCCCCACCCAGGGGGGCUUCAUCUGCUCGUGCCCUGCGGGCUACCAGAUGGAGGAGGGUCUCUGCCGCCUGGUGCGCGCUUUCGUGGGCAUCGUGAGGCUGAGCUCGGAAAAUGGGUCUGCAGGGCCUGGGCCGGGGCCCGGGGCACCCUCGGGGCUGCGCCGCCUGGAGGAGGAGGUCCGAACCCUGCUGAUGGACCUCCUCACUCCGAUGCCCGGGUUUGCCAGUUGCACUGUUCGGGUCACCAGGGAGCCCGGCGGGAUGAACGUGGUGUGGGUGCAGGCCUCCUUCUCCCUGGCCUCCAGCGUGACGGUGUUCAAGCUGGCCGAGCUGAUGCGGGCCGCCGCCGCCUCCUCCUGUCAGCCCUCCGCCCCGGCCCGGGCCCCGGACCACUACUGCCACCGACUCAGCUUGCUGGGACAGAUCUUCCAACCCGGGAGCCUAUGCAGGAGCAAGAGUCCGGCCUGCGACCGGGAGACUGCAGCCUGCUCGGACGUGGACGGACUGCCCCUCUGCCGCUGUCGGGAUGGAUACUUCCAGAUCAGCGAGAUGGAUCACUCCUGCAGGGCUUGUGAAGACGGUUUCCGGCUGGAGAACCAGACCUGUGUGAGCUGCCCCUUUGGCCUCGGUGGACUCAACUGUGGCAACCCUUACCAACUGGUCGCCGUGGUGGUGGCGGCCGCCGGGGGUGCCCUGCUGUUGGCCCUAGCCAUCGCUCUCGUCAUCACCUGCUGUCGGAAGAGCAGGAACGACGUGAGCAAACUGUUUGUGAAGAGCAGCGAGUACCCGCUGUGCCCAUACACGGAGAGGGCCGAGGCGGCCCGGGUCCCACCGUGGGGCCGCGAGGCCUUCGAGAUGCACGAGGGCGGCGGGGGCGGAGGCGGCGGCGGUGGAGGCUGCGGCGGGGGAGGCAGCACCAAGAGCCUCCUCAACAUGACCGACGUCUACUACUCUCCCACCCACCUGCGGAGCUCAGACCCGGAGCAGCAGAACGGUCCAUUCCCGGCCUUCCCCGGCGGCCCCGGCUCCCGGCACUCCUGCGUCUACCCCGGCCAGUACAACCUGUCCUUCAUCAGCGACGACAGCCGCAGGAGAGACUACUUCUAGUCUCCCGGCCGCGAGGCUGUGCUGGCCCCAGGGACGGCGGCGACCCCGGCCGGGCCGUCUCUACAGCUCCAGGACGCGCUGACCCCGGGGGAUGGAGGGGCCCGGGCCUGGUGGUCUCCACAACUUGUGGACUUGCUGACCGCGAAGUCGAUGGGGGCCCUGGCCGAGCCAUCCCUGCAGCUCAAUGAUGCGCUGCCCCCGGGGAUGGUGAGGGCCGGGCAGGAGGGUCUUUUCAGCCGGUAGACGCGCCGACCGUGGGGACGGAGGAGGCUGGGUGGUCUCCGCACCUUGUGGACGCGCUGACCCCUGGGAUGGAGGUGACGGGGAGGACCAGGCCGGGCUGGGUCAGGGAAGGAGGCCCAGCAGUCCCUGGGAAGAGGCCAGACGUGGGUGGGUGGACACGGCGGCUUUCCUGCCUUGGGCUCCCUCAGGGCCAGUUGGAGACUGGGAGCUCGGCGGGAGGGGCAUCGCCGAGACGCCCCCCCGGCCAGGUGGGACCGUGAGCCCCGGGGUGCCCGAGAUGCCCUGCCCAGCACAGGAGGCCUGGGGUCUCCCUGGGAUGCAGGCCGGGGAAAAGCCCACCGCCCCCACCCCCUCCUCGACCUCCCUUCAGGGUCCGAGAUCCAUCCUGGAGCUGGGCCUGCUGUCUCCUCCCAGCCCCAAGCAUGGGAUGGCUGUACUGGACACCUACUGUGUGCAGAACACUGUACUGACCACCGAUAGUGUGCAAAGUUCUGUUCCAUAUGCCUACUGUGUGCAGCGCACUGUACUGGACAUCUACUACAUUGCAGAACUCCGUCCUGGGCUCCUAUGGUGUGCGAAAGUACUAUUCUGGGCUCCUACUGUAUGCAGAGCUCUGUACCGGGCACCCACCGAGUGUGGAGCACUAUCCUGGAGCCUCCGUUGGACGGAGCACUGUGCUUAUGCCUACCGUGUGCCGAGCACUGUUGUAAGCACUUAGGACUGUAGAAGAGGAGCAGUCCAGGGCCCCGGCCCCCAAGGAGCUCCCUCUGUAACGGUGUCGGGUAGGCGGGGGAGAACAAAGCCCACGACAUCCCCCUUCCCCAAAUCGCCCCCUUUCGGCCCUCGCCAUGUGUGUCUGCUGUCCGUGUACGCGUGCCGUGUGUACACGGGUGCUGUGUGCACGUGCAGGCAUGUGUGAAUCCACUCCGUGCAGGUUAUUUAAACAGUGUGUCACCCCCCACCCCCCAAGGGCCAUGAAUUAGGACCGGGGCCUGCCCUGAUGGGUCCCGGGGAAGGUCUUCUGGCGUUCUAGUCAGAGCCAAUAAAACCAAAACACCAGUGUGGCUUUUUAAAAAUUA